AUGACCUCAAAUACUGACUUACAAAAGUUACAAGACGAAGCUUUUUUAGAUCGUGUUCGUUUUUUCGAAGAAUUUUUAGAGGCAGAUAAGGAAAGGCUUGGACUUGAAAAAUUUUACAAGGAUGAGAUCGUUCAAAUGUUACAAAACAAUGAAAAUCGGUAUAUUGUUAAUCUUAACGAAUUACGUUAUUAUCAUGCAGAGAACGCUAAAAAGUUAGAAGGAUCACCCAAUGAAUGGAUACCGGCAUUUGAAAGAGCCUUAAAAAACAUAAUAAAAAAUCUUUCGUUGAGUAUUGGUCUAGGAAAUAAUGACGGAAUUGAAAAAAAUAUUGAAGAGCAAAAUUACUACAUCGGAUUCAACGGAACAUUUCAUAAUCACACUGGCAAUUUUUGUAGCAAAGAGUACCAUGAUUCUACAUCAAUCGGGAAUCAAAUUCCAUCAUCUUCCGCAUAUCCGACGGAAGAUGAAAAUGGUAAUCCAUUGACAACAGAAUAUGGAUAUUCGGUGUACCGUGAUCACCAGACAAUUUGUCUUCAAGAAAUGCCGGAGAAAAUGCCACCUGGAAUGUUGACCAGGUCCGUUGACAUCAUCUUGGACGAUGAUCUAGUAGAUAAAGUGAAACCCGGUGAUCGUAUUCAAUUAGCUGGUUGUUACCGAGCGAUAGGCAAGCCUACUCAGGGGUCAACUUCUGCAACAUUUAAAACCGUAAUUAUUGCAAACAAUGUUAUCAUUCUUUCCGGUGAAAUCGGAUAUAAAGCGAUUACAGAUGUUGAUACCGCAAAUAUUGAGAAAAUUGCAAAAAAUGGAAACGUUUUUGAGUUGCUUUCGCGAUCCUUGGCACCUUCGAUAUACGGGCAUGAAAUGAUUAAGAAAGCGAUAUUACUUAUGUUAUUGGGUGGAAAAGAACAAAAUUUGUCUAGCGGAACACACAUAAGAGGUGACAUUAAUAUCUUAAUGGUUGGUGAUCCAUCAACUUCAAAAUCGCAACUCCUUCGACGUGUUCUCAAUAUAGCACCACUUGCAAUUGCGACUACUGGUCGUGGUUCUACCGGUGUAGGUUUAACAGCAGCAGUUACUAGGGAUAAAGAAACAGGAGAAAAAUGUUUGGAAGCCGGUGCAAUGGUUCUCGGAGACCGAGGUGUCGUCUGCAUCGAUGAAUUUGAUAAAAUGAUUGAUAAUGACCGCGUUGCUAUACAUGAAGUGAUGGAACAACAAACCGUAACAAUUGCAAAAGCGGGUAUUCACACUUCUCUGAAUGCAAGGUGCAGUGUGAUUGCCGCAGCGAAUCCUAUUUAUGGACAGUAUAAUAUCCAUAAGGAUCCUUCUCAUAAUAUUGCACUACCAGAUUCAUUGUUAUCCCGUUUUGAUCUUGUAUUCGUCGUAACUGAUGAAAUAAACGAAGUACGAGACAGUUUAAUUUCCAAGCAUGUUUUGCGUUUACACGAAUAUCGACCACCUAAUUUGGAAGAAGGUGUUCCAAUUAAGGAAGACUCUGGGCAAACUAUUUUUAUGGAAGAGGCCGAGAAGAGCACAGAACCAACUCCAGUCUAUAUGCAUUAUGAUUUAUCACCAAAUGAUGGUAACGAUGACCAAAGGGAUACAAAUUCAGAUCAGACAAAUUUUCUUUCAUCAGAAUUUCUCAAAAAAUAUAUUCAGUACGCUAAAGGUUGUGAGGAACCUAGAUUAGGGAAAGCUGCUGCUGCAUACCUUUGCGAACUUUGGGUAACUCUUCGUAAUGAGAAAGAGAAAGAUGGAAAGGCAAAGACGUCACCUUUGACUCCACGUGCUUUAGAUUCACUUUUCCGUCUUGCUACAGCUCAUGCAAAGGCGCGUCUUGGUAAACGAGUUACAAUCAAAGAUGCUAAAGUUGCAGAAGAAGUGGUCAGAUUUGCACUUUUUAAAGAAGUUUCAGUUAAAGACCGGCGUAAAGGUAAAAUGGUCGAAUCUCUAACUAAGGACACAGAAGAUCUUAUGGACACAGAUGAAACGCGUCAACAAUCAUUUGUUGAGUUAGAUUUUGAUACUCUUGUUAUUGAAGAUAAUAGGGAAAUAAUUACUUCGGAAAGAAUGACACUAUUCCAAGAACACUUAAACCGCAUUACAUCUACUGCUCCACAUGAAAAUUCAAUUUCAUUUGAUGUCCUUAUACAAGAAAUUAAUAAUAAUUUACCAGAAAAUCAAGCAUAUACCAGAGAAGAAGUUAACGCAGCGUUGAAAAAGAUGCAAGACAGGAACAAAUUGAUGAUUUCAAAUGACGACGAUAUGAUUUAUCUAAUAUAA